UGCGGAUUGUAUGAUUGUAUCGAAUUUUCUCGUGUGUGGUGUGCCUUUUUUCUAGCGUAGAAAAAUCGUAAAGUGUCCGUGAAAAUGGUGCUCUCAAACGUAAUUCGCGUUGCCAGUCAGCUGAGCCUGGCCGGGACCAGAUCGGGCCUCCCAGAAGUUCGGCAAAUGCGCCGAAAGUACACCUACCGAAGCGGAGCUCUGAAGCCCAUGCCUGACAUCACCCCGUUCGGGCUGUUCGGAAUCAUUAUGACCGUCAUCCCUGGAUUGCUGAUCGGGGCAACUAUUAGCAAGAAUAUGGCCAACUUUUUGGAGGAAAACGAUCUGUUUGUCCCGUCGGAUGAUGAUGACGAUGACGAUUAAACCAUCUACCGACUGGAGGUAUCGGAUCCUAUUUUUGUUUUGCUCUCUCCCUGAGCUGGCUGUUUCUCUGAAUCAGAUAAAUAAUGUUAUUUUUAGAAACGGCUGAUGAUUAUUUUCUGAAUAGGUCAGUGCUUCAUAUUUUGCUUUCUAGGCUAUUGUGGUUUACUAAUGGUGUGUUGAGUUUAAAAGGAGUGUUCAAUUUCCUUAAUUAGCUUAAACGCAGCUUGCUUCACUGACAAAAAGUCAUACAGUCGAAUUAAGACGGAAUAUUCAAUGAGCCAGCAAAAUCAAAAAUGUAACCAACAAUUCAAGUCUUUAAAACAUAGUGGAGGCAAACUUCAAAGGCAAUUUAAUUCUUUAUAGUUUUGUGUUGUGCAUAAAUUGUAGUUUAUUUAUGAGAACUAGUGUUAUCGUUUAUACAUUUGUAAAUAUUUUUAUUAUAUUAAACCGAAUGAAAUCUAAAACGAGUCAAAGUGAAAAAAUAACUACAGCCUGGAGAGUCUAGGUUUGCUUUGUAGUUCACUUCUAUUUCCUGUUGAAUAUAAAUAGCGAAGAAACUAACGAAAUAAUAAAUCACAAAAUAAACGAUUAUUCGAAGACAGCUUGUUUCAAUAAAUGUAGCUUUAAAAAAAAUUAUCGCACUAUUUAUCUCGUACAGUCGCACUUAGUUGAUUAGUAAAGCCAACUAUCUCUACAAACCAGUGUAGCAGUAGCGUUGUGAAGAGAUCUUCAAGUGCACACGUUAGUCAUUGUUUGGAAGAGAUGAAUAAAACAAAAUCUU